AUGGGUGACAUUGAGAGGUUCUAUGAGGCGGUUCGCAUGCUCAAUGGCCUCAGCAAAGUUGAUUGUGAGGAGGCGGGGAAGUAUUUGAAUAGCUUCCAAAGUACAGUAGAGGCCUGGGGUGUGGCUGAUGAGGUACUCACAGAGGCCAAAAAUCCUGUUGCUUGCAUAUUCGCUGCGCAAACGAUGAGGAAAAAGAUGAUCAAGGACUUUAGGCAGCUUCCGGAGACAGCACAUCAGAGCCUUCGGGAUUCGAUUGUGAAUCAUCUCGCGUAAGGGAUAAUUUAGAUUUGUGUCUUCGUACUGUGAUGUAAAAUAAUUUUUGUUUUGCUUUAGUGGACUUGAAGCCAAGCUUGGGAAUUCUUAUCAACCAGUAGCUACUCAAUUGUGUGUGGCAUUAGCUGAUCUUUAUCUUCAAGUCCCUUCUUGGAACAACUUUAUCGCCCAGCUUUUAAAUCAAUUUGCAGAGUAAGUUUAACUAAUUAUUGUCUUAUUCGGUUUUUAGGAGGGCGCAGAACGAUAUAAAAGCGGCCCAUAUACUCUUAGAGUUGUUUAAAGUUUUCCCGGAGGAACUGCAGAAUAGUAAUCUUAAGAUCGGCGAGAAUCGACGGAAAGCUGUUCAGGAUGAAUUGGCCAAUCAGACAGAGGCGGUUAUUUAUUGCUUGGUAAGCUUGGGUCUAGGUUUCUGACAGUUUUAUAGGAACUUAUAUGCAAAGCAGCGCCGGCAGAUCUUCAAACCAAAGCAAUUACAACUUUAGGGUCUUGGCUAUCAAAUAAACAAUGCCCUGGUGAAGCCAUCAAUAAGUCAUUCUUUUUCCAUUCUAUAUUAGAAGCCUUGGUAAGUAAUUAUGAUUAGUUUUAUAUAAAAACCUAGGCUAAUCCUGAAUGCCCUCAUGACGUUCAUUUUGCUGCUGCAUCUACAGUAACCCAGGCGAUGACAUUUUGCGAGGAUUUGGAGAGAAAUCAAGGGUUGGCGCAUUCCAUUAUGGAAAAAAUAUUCAAAACUGAGACGGCGUUUGACGUAGCCUAUAAAGAGGAGGAUAUGGACAAGUAGGCCUAUUAUUUUGAUCUUUUAUUAGUUUAGGUUGUCAUCAUAUGGUCGUCUCUACUCCGAAUUAUGCACAAUGCUUCUGGAACCGAUUGUUAACACCCCGAAUGAAGGUUUUGGAAACCUAAAAUCGCUAGAUCUAGUCAACAAAGUCACUGAAUACAAUGAUUACACGAUUGUUCAGUCAGUGUUCGAUGUUUGGUAUCGAUUAUCAGAGGCAUUAUAUUAUUUGAAUGAUCAAGAAUUUAGGGAAAAACGGGAUUUCUUUCGACCUUAUGUUGAAAAGUAAGAUGGAUGAUAACUGAUCACUGUAUUCUAGGUUUAUUAAAAAUUUAACAAAGACAUGUCGAUUUGAAUACGAUACAGAUAGGAUUCCCCCGGAUACCGAUGACUUUAUUGACUUCCGAUAUCAAGCCCAAGAUAGUGUAAAAGAUGUUGUUUUUAUUUUGGGAACACUGGAUCUGAUUGAAAGUGUAAGCAUCUUAAUGUAAUUUUAGUAUGAUGGAUAAAUGCAUUGGAUUUAAAAAUGCGUUUUAGGUAUUGGAUGAUGUGUUAAACAGUAUUGCUCGCCAAGCAAAGUGGACUGAAAUGGAAGCCGGACUUUUUAUCAUCAAAUCUGCGGCCAGUUCUAUUGUAAAGUAAGUUCUUUUUUAUGUUUACAUUUAAUUUUAUUUUUUAGGGGAGAUGAACUUGUAACUCCUCGGAUUGUCAACCUCCUACUUCAAGUCCCACUCGAAGCCAACCCAAUUGUCCUAAAAACGACGCUCGAAUUAAUCGGCGAGCUUAAUGAAUGGCUGGGUGAUAGGCAUAUGGAGAUAGGUACUUCAUGUUCCCCAUAUGAUGACUAUUAUUAUUUUCAGUUCAAUGUGUCCAAUGGAUGCUUUCCCUUCAGGAACAUUCCAUAAAACAGCUAUUGAAAACUUGGGCCGGCAGUCUUCAACUGGUCACAUCUUGUGGAAAUAACCAUCUUUUCGAGUUCUUCGACAAGAUUUACACGGCUUUGGAGCAUGUCCAAACUUGGGAUGGUCCCAUCCGAGAGAUCGAUGACGCUGCCCAGGAGAUCACGAAAGGUGAGAUUUCUUAAUAUUAACCUGGAUCACGGGAUAAGGACGGAUUUAAAAGUAAUUUUGUUGGAAUGCGUUAUAACCGAAAUGUUGGGUAUCAGCUGUUCUUUUUUCAGCCGCCACCAACCUCCUAAAUGAUAGGCCCAGCUCCGAAAUAGCUCAAGGAUUGGCGACUCUCCUCACCCAGCCCCUCUUACAUCUCUCAAAUGUGGGUUGAUCUGUUUUUUACAAGAAAAUUAUGUUAUCCUAGGUGUGCGGAAGGGGGAUUCCUACCAGUUUUUAUUGCCUCCACGGUUUAUUCUCUCUUCCGAUAUUUAUUCGAAACGAAUUGUUUGCUCGGAGGCUAUAAUCGCGUCCAUUAACUCUCCCUGUUUGUAGAUCUGUGCUCAUCCCCAUCUCCGAGUCACGGAGAAAAGAGUUCACACCAAAGAAGAUCUUCUCCUCGAUCCCCUCGCAUGGCUCGACCGCAUCACAUGUGUUUACCGAGUUCUGAAGCCAUGGACGGAACAAGAUGAUUUCAAGUCAAGGAGAUUGAAUCAACAGGAGGAACAGAUCCCGGUGGCUUGGUAUGAACACAGUGUAGGGGUGGCCCGACAGUUGUCGACGGUGUUCAACACCUUCAAAGAUGAUGUUCGUGUUAUGGAACAUUGUUGCAGAUCGGUCAGAUUUGUGGUGAGAUCUAUGGGAUGGCAGUCGAUCAAUUUCAUCCCGGACCUGGCACAACAGGUAAGUAAAGAUCCGAUUUUGCUAUGAUUUUGUUGAGGAAAGGGUCUAUGACUUAUCUUUUAGCUGGUGGCCAUCUACAAUGAAUAUCCUCAUUCAUGUAUCCUGUACCUGAGCAGUGUCAUCGUUGACGAGAAUGGGGCAAAUGAAAAUCUGCAUGAUGGACUGAUCAACUUGUUGAAGGUGAGAUGAAACUCGGUUUAAAAGAUAGUGUUUUAGUAUCUGGCUCCCAAAGCUUUCUUAGUCCUUAACUCGGGAGAUGGCCCUCGGCAACAUCCCGAAACAAUAGAUGACCUAUACCGCCUCGCUGUCCGUUAUUGUCAUCGACUUCCAGCAGCCUUGUUCCGAGAAGAAGUGACAGAACAACUUGUUCAAGGAGCGACUUAUCUCAUCGAGACAGAACAUCAGGAUGCAAACAAGUCCGUCCUUUUAUUUCUGACCGAGGUUAUGAAUCUGGCCUCUUCUCAAAAAGUUCCGCCUCCCUUUCAACCAACAGUAGACACCGCAAGAAGUCUCAUUCUAAAAUAUGGAGAUAAAAUAAUCUGGCAUUGCAUCCAUGGGGCCAUCUUUCAUCUAUCUGCUCAUAUCCAAUAUGAAGUAGCCGCUCUCAUAAAACUUUUACUCCAAGUAUGUCAUCAACAAGUCGAUCAUUGGGUGGAUAUGACCAUAGUUAAUCUACCGAAGGACUCGGGUCUCUCAGCAACUUCAGCCCAACUCCAAGCAUUCAAAGGAAAACUGAUGGCGUCAACGCGAACGACUGAGAUCAGCAACGAACUACGUGAACUUUCUCGUCUCUACACUUAA